GAAAACAAGGAGACAUCGAAGAUCGGAACAAUUGGUAGAAGAAGAAAGAUCCAGUCAUGGGAAUCGCGCGAUCAAGCCCUCUAGAUUGAGGGAGAUGAUCCAGCACAGGCCUUACACACAAAAAGUAGAUGUGUACAAUUUCGGGAUUGUUCUCUGGGAACUAAUCACAGGAAUGCUUCCGUUCCAGAACAUGACGGCAGUGCAGGCAGCAUUUGCGGUUAUUAACAAGGGUGUUCGUCUGAUUGUUUCCCAUGAUUGCCAACCUGUUCUCAGUGAGAUAAUGGCCAGAUGCUGGGAUGCCAACCCUAAUGUCAAUCCUCCCUUCAUUGGCGUUGUCUGAAUGCUCGAGAACGCAUAGAUAGAGAUAAUGACAAAUGUCUGCAAGGCCCGUUUCAGGUGUUGCAUGACCGAACCAAUGACAGUGGACUGAUUAGAAAAGAAAUAAAAGUGUUGCAGCAACAAAAAGAUUUCACAAA